AUGAGGCUAGAGCGCGGCCGGCGGGCUUCUCUGGCACUCACCCUCAAUUUUGUGGCGUUUGCGUUUGCCCUGUCAGCGGUGACCACCAGCUACUGGUGUGAGGGGACCAGGAAGGUGCCCAAACCGUUCUGCACGGGGCCGCCGUUGAAGGUGAAGCAGUGGUUCUGCAUCCGCUUCAACAGCUCCAACCUCAACGACAGCCGCCUGGUGCAGUACAUCUUUGAGACCGGGGAGGAGAAGUUCCUCAUGAGGAAGUUUCACACGGGGAUCUUCUUCUCCUGUGAGCAGGCCGCUGACAUGAAUGGCUUCGACUGUCGAGAUUUCUCAGAGAUUGCACCAGAACAUGAACGAGGUGUGCUGUGGUUGUGUAUUGUGGCGGAGAGCCUGUACCUCACCCUCCUGUUCACGGGGGGCGCUCUGAUGGCGUUGGAGCAGUGUCCCUGUUUCAGCAUCAUGAACAAAUUGAAGCUGAGUGCCUUUGCCGCCCUGUGCACCGCCCUGUCAGGCCUUUGUGGGAUGGUAGCCCACAUGAUGUUCACCACCAUCUUCCAGCUGGCUGUAGCUAUGGGACCAGAGGACUGGAGGCCAAAAACCUGGGACUACAGCUGGUCUUAUGUCCUGGCGUGGGGUUCUUUCGGCACCUGUAUGGGCUCUGCAGUGACAGCGCUCAACAGGUACACAAAGACCAUCAUCGAGUUCAAAUACAAGCGGAGAAACAUCGAGAAGAGUCUGAUGAUCAAGCAAAAAAUGAUGGAGCUCGACCUCCCCGAGCAGAUGUGGGACAUGUACCUGACCCCAGACUCCACAGACUCCCCUGAUCCUGAGGCUCAGCUUGACCCUCCUCUAAAUGGACACAAACCGUCCAGCGGGACUACGUACGAGGUGGAGCUGGACGAUGGAGCAGACACACAGGGGGAAGCAUACUGCUGA